CGCCGCCCUCACCGGACGCAGCUCGCGGCGAAACAUCAUGGUGUGCGAGCUGUGGGAGGGCCUGCCCCGCCGCUGUAUGCGGCGGUGCGACCAGCCGUGGCUGCCCUGCUACUGCCGGCCCGACUUCACCGAGUACCACCGCACGGUCCGCGGCGUGGCAAAGGCGUCGCCAGGCACUUCCGCGCGGCUCGACCCGAAGUACCGCUGCGAGAGGGACGGGCUGUCCGACAUCGAGCGGCUGCGCGUCAACGGCUUGGCGUACCACGCGCGCCAGCGGGCGGAGAGGGAGGCGGCGGAGAGGGAGGCGGCGGAGGGCAGGGCGGCGGAGGGGGGAGAGGAGGGCGGCGCCGGCGGCGCCGGCGGUGGAGACUCUUCCGACGCCCUCAAGGCUUGGGCGGCGGAGGUGGCGGAGCGGAGAAGGAGGGAGACGAAGCUGCGGCCAGGCGAGUGAGCGUAAGCGAUUCGGCAUGUGGCGCACAAGGUGGUAGAGCAGCGUUGCCGAUGCCGUGAGGUAAGGGAUCGAGCCUAUCCUUUUUCUCUUGCAGUAAAGGUAAAGGAAGGUAAGGU